CAAGUUGCCGACGUGUGAUGAAUGUCGAAGUGUUGCGAUAGCGAUCCGAAAACUGGUUCCACAAUCUGCCUACUUGUAAAAGAAUUAACAAAUGUGUUUGUUUCGGUAGGUGACGCUGGGUUUCCGUUGGAGACAUAUCUGAUGACUCCAUUUCGAGCCGCAGUAAGUGGCAGUCCAGAAAGCAAAUACAACAAAGUACAUUGCAAGGCGAGGAACAUUAUAGAACGGACUUUUGACGUUUUGAAAUCAAAAUUCAGAUGCCUAUCUUCUGAGCGCGGACUUCACUAUGCUCCACAGAAAGCAACUGCCAUCAUAAAUUCUUGUUGUGCUAUUUACAAUAUUGGCCGUCGCUUUGAGUCAGGUUUUGAAGAACCCAGUAUAGAAGCCGAGAUUAUAGACACAGAUAUAAAUUCGGAUUUUGUAACAACCAGCCAUAAUAUUCUAGCACAAAAAAUUAGAAAUAACUUAAUGAAUUCUUUCAUACAAUAA